CGUGUUCAGAAACUGAAAAACAUACAUGUAAUAACAGUCAUUCUUUUAUAAUAUGAUAAUUUUUGCAACUUGUAUUUAAAGGUAUUGACCGUAGAAUAUAUGUUUUACAAUUUUAAGUUUGACAUAUCGAGAGCGCAUUUUCCGGAAACGAGGAAAGGGCAUUUCCGUUACAAACUACGAUUAUGUAGUAUGCUGCUGAAAAUGAAAAUAGAAGAAGCAUUUCAACGAAAAUUUACGAGAUUUUAGCCAUAUAUUUUCAUAUCUAAUGAAGCGGUUCUGAAAAGAUCAUAUGCCCCAUGGCUGAAGGGGGUGUUACUUUGGAGAAGGAUAAGUUCCUGGAAGAUGAUGCUAAAUUUCCCUGUCUCAUCUGUGGUCAGAGGGGGCUGACCCAGAAUGAGAUGCGAGUUCACAUAAUGAUGGAGCACGUGGAGCGCGACAUUUCCUGUCCAUUUUGUGACCUCAGCGGAAUUACGUCUAGCGAGAUGAACCUUCAUAUUAAUAGUACUCACCUAGUAGACGAUGAUACUGCUCAAACUAGCCAGUCCAACACCUUAUCUGUAAAACACAACGACUCUCCUGAUGCAGGAAAAAUCGAGGUGCACGGCACCAAGUCCUUAGAGAUACAUUCCAACAGCAUGGACAAAAUGACGACAACUUCAGAGAAUGCUCCAGCAAGGAACUCACAGAGAAUAAAAUCCACGGACUCAGAGGAUGACAACAAGGUUUCUUCUGAUACAACUUCUUCUCAAACUUUGAAAAUGGCAGGAAACCUUCACAGUGAUCAUGAUGAAAGCUGCAGUUCAAAAACUGAAAAUAAGCUCAAUAAGUCUAUAGAUAAAUUGAAGAAUGUUCAGUCUUCUGAUGGAGUGGACAAGAGCCAUUUGUUUUUGGAUGUAAGUCCUCCAAGCGAAGAGGUGGGAGUUCUGCGAAUGACUCGAGGCUUCAACAGCAGUCUGAACCAAGGAUUAGCCUCAGGACCAGGACACAGCAGAGGAGCCAGUCAGAGAAGCGACCCCCUGGCUGUACCAGACAUCAAUGAUAAUGUAGAGCUUGAUAUCAACUCCAAUAUACCUGGUGAAUUUUCUUGUCCCAUGUGCCAGUUCAGCACAAUAUCGGAAGCAGAUAUUCAGACUCAUGUAAACAGAGAACACUUGGACAUUUUAAGUCCGUGCAAAGGUGGAGAUUUUGAAAUGGUGGAUGAUAAUUCUGUUCCAAGGUGUCCGCUAUGUGGAGAAGUGAUGAGUUCUAUUGAUGAAUUACAAAUUCAUGUCAACACCAGUCAUUCUGAUAUCCUCAGUCCAGAUCAGCCAAUGGAAAUGCAGGGAAAAUCAUAUCCACCAAUGAGUAAAGAGGUUGAAAAGCCAACCAGAGAAAAGAAAGCUUCUACUCUGCCUUUAGCAACUUUUGACAAGAAUGAUAAUGAUGAGGACUGGGAAAUGGGUGCCUGUGGCAGGACUUGGAAUGGGGAGGGAGGAUGGCAGGAUGUGGUCGUAUGUCCUGUUUGUGAUCAGGAGUUUGACGAUGCAGCCAUUUUGGAAAUCCACGUGAAUGGUCAUUUUUCUGCUGAUAACACACCAGUUGUUGAAAAUGACUUUGCAUUAGCACAAGAACUUGGGAAGUCUGAAUAUGAUGAUCAAGAGCAAAGGCAAUUUGAAGCCCUGCAGGCAAUGUAUGGAAUGAAAGGAAACUCUAGUUAUAAGAAACAGUAUGAGAGAAUCCUGGAAAACUCCUUCACCAAAGGAGAACUGAGCAUCACGGAGUACCAUCUCCGCAAACAGAGCAUGAAAACUAAAGAUCUGGCGGGCAUGGAGGAUGGCCACUCGUGUACUAAAGGCAUAAUGGAGAGACUAGCCAUUUACUAUGGGAGUAAGCCGCCCAGCAUAGUCAAUGUUUAUCUCUCCUCACAUGUGGACCAUUACUCUGCAUCCUAUGGGGACAAAGGGUGGGGGUGUGGAUACCGGAACUUCCAGAUGCUGCUGUCGUCCCUAGCUGCCAAUCCCACCUACAGCAAAGUUCUGUUCAAUGGUAAACCAGCGAUACCAUCUAUUCCAAAGAUCCAGCAGCUAAUAGAGGCCGCCUGGGCUAAAGGGUUUGAUCAGCAGGGGAGAGAACAACUGGGCAACAAAGUCACCAACACCACCAAAUGGAUUGGGGCCACGGAGAUAGCCGCUUCUUUGUACUCACUCAAAGUCAAGUGCCAGCUCUUGGAUUUCCACAACCCAUCUGGGCCCCAGGGCACACAUCCAAAACUCUUUGAGUGGAUCAAGGCCUACUUUGAGAAAAAGGAACCUUACAAACUCCCUCUUUAUCUUCAACACCAUGGUCAUAGUAGGACUGUGGUAGGUAUUGAGGAGGUUCGUGAGGGAGGGUUACGUCUGCUCAUCUUUGACCCGUCUACUCCACGCAAACAGAUGCAGCAGUAUCAUGGAGUCGUGAACGGCAGCAACCUUCGCACCAUUCGACGGACAUUAUACGGGCUGAAGGCCAAGCAGUACCAGUUGGUGGCGGUCACAGGGGUACUCACUGACCAGCAGUAUGAAGAGUACAAGGUGCUCCGCUCCCAGCGCAUCCCUUAGGGGAAAAGUUGAACCAUCGAGGAAAAGUUUAAUCGAUUUGGAAAAAGUUGAAUCCGCAAGAAAAAAGUUAAUUCCAGCAAAGGAAGGCUAAAACCUGUAGGAAAAAAGUCAAUAAUACUAAAAAAAAAAUCUACAAUUCUAAAGAAUUGCCAAAAUGUAAAUUAGGUUUCUAUAAAGUAUAUUAGAUUUGUUUCUUUAAAGUUGUCAGUUUCAUCCAAAGGGAGUUUUCUUUCCUUCUCAAAUGAGUCAAGAAAUGGCGGGGAAAUAUCAUAUUACUGGUACUUUGUUCAGUAACCUAUAGUUAUCUUUCAAAUUUGCAUUUGAUAAUUCUUUUAUGCAUCUUUACUUUUUUGUACUGGCUUUCUAUCAAUCUCAUUUUUAUGCCCCUGAGAUCGAAGAUCGGGGGGCAUAUUGUUUUUGCCCUGUCUUGUCAUUCUGUCUGAAACUUUAACCUUGCUAAUAACUUUUGAACAGUAAGUGAUAGAGCUUUGAUAUUUCACAUGAGUAUUCCUUGUGGCAAGACCUUUCCUUGGGUACUAACAUUAAUGACCCUGUAACCUUGACCUUGGAGUUUAAUCUACUUUUUGAAAAUUUUAACCUUGCUUAUAACUUUUGAACAGUAAGUGAUAGAGCUUUGAUAUUUCACAUGAGUAUACCUUGUGACAAGACCUUUCCAUUGGUACUAAACCUUUUGACCUACUUUUAAAUUUUUGUACAUAAGUCAUAACUUCUAAAUGGUAAAUAUUAGAGCUUUAAUAUUGUAAAGAGCAUUUCUUGUGACCAGAUCUUUCUACUGGUACCAAGAUAUUUGACCUUGGCCAUCUUCGGAAUUGGCCAUUAUCGGGGGCAUUUGUGUUUCACAAACACAUCUUGUUAUUUCAAUUUUUAAGGGAAAAUGUAAUUCUCAUACAUGGCUUACUUCUGCCAAUUAGAUUUUUUAAAAUUUCAUAUGAUAGCACUGGUGUAGUAAGAUUUAUGAUGACAUUUAAGUAAGGGGUAUUAGAUCAUGAGAUAAGAAAGAGAGAAUGGUUUUCUCGAUUGUUCACGUAAGAAAAGAUUAGGAUAGGGCAUUUAAAAUAGGGCUCCAGAGGGGUAGCAAUUAAGUUCAAGAUAUUAUACAAAUUUACUAUUCCCUAUUACUUUUUCAAUUAUGACUUAUUUCCAAAGUUUUGAAAACAUUUUCUUGCUUUGAUUUUAUUCUACUGGAGACAAAAGUUGGUAUUUUCUAUUUUUUUUAAAUGAGGGAAUAAAGUAAUAUUUCAUCAUCUAUAUAUACAUAGUUCCCGAUUAUGAUAUAAAAGUUUUAGCAUCCAUUCUUACAGUUGUAAUUACGAAAAAGUUAUGUGCCUCCAUGACCUGCUGAAAAAAAUACCUGCACGUACUGCACAUAGAUUGUCUAAUUUGUCUGAAUGUUGACAAGAAAAUACAUGCACAUACUGCACAUAGAUUGUCUAAUUUGUCUGAAUGUUGACAAGAAAAUAGAUAGAUCAAUGCACUCUGUGAAAGAUGUUCUGCUUUGUGAUACAGUGGUUCCAUGUGUACAUGUUCUAUAUUAACUAGUCUACUAAACAUUGGUGUAGAAUGUAACUACAUGUAUUAUAGGUUGUGUUUCAGUAUUAUUUUGUCAGAUUCACCUUUAGAAUAGUAUUAUCUGAGUUGUACAUUGUACAUGUAGUUCCUGGAAUAUUUUUGAGGACAUGAAAUAUGAGUCUUGGUAGUGGCUUUGGCUGUUUAUGCAAUAAAAUGGAUCUUUACUAUAGAAAUAGACCUGGUGAUUGAUUUGAUAAAAUGUUGUUGCUGAAUGUUUUAGAAGAGUAUUAUCAAAAAUAUGUUUGUGCUGGGAGAUACAUGUACACAUGUAAAUAUUCAUGUAGACUUUAAACUCAAUUUUCUUUCAACUUUCAAAUGUUAUCGAUGACUGGUCCCUAUAAAUUAAGCUCUGUGACUACUCAAUUGAAAAUCCAGAGAAUUGAAAAUAUGUGUUGUACACCAUGAUUUUUUUUAUCCUGAGAAUUUAGACAAUUUUAUGAUAUAGUGCUAUACAUGUACAUACACAUGCUGUAAUUUUUCUUGAAGGGAACAGUUCUUAUGCAUGCACAUCUACAGGUAUAUGUAAUAUGUAUUUUAUUCAGCUUGGAGGCUUCUGUGUCUGAAUCUCAUUUUGAUCUUCUUUACAAUAAGACAUGACAGAUAAUAUAUAUAUAUAUAUAUAUAUAUAUAUAUAUAUAUAUAUAUAUAUAUAUAUGUGUGUGUGUGUGUGUGUGCAUGUGUAAAUUAAGUUCAACAAGAGAUGCAAGUUGUUAACCCCCCCCCUUUUUUUUUCUUGUUUGCUUAUGGAGUUUCAUUCAAAAUUUAGACAAUUGAAAAAUGUAACAAACAAGCAAAGAGUUAUGGAACCUGUUUCUCCAUUACAUUAGAGAGCAAUAUGAGAAUUGUGUAUUAAUGAUUAGAGUGGAUAGUGAGAUAAGAUGAACUCUUCAUAUCAUUAUUUUGUUACACAGCUGUCACCUAAUCAAUUCUAAAUACAUAUAUGAUAUAUAAUUGUUCAUGUGACAUAUGUGCUUUUAAAAUUGUAUAAAUUAGCUUCAUUUCUUGUAAAUGUCUGUGACAGAAUCCGUAAUUACAUAUUGUUGUGUAAAUAUUGUUCGUGCUACCUUUGCUGAUUCAAGUGAGUCCAUUUUUUCAUGCCCAUGUGUUUGUGCACAGCUGUGAUAUAUUGUAAAUGAAGGAUAUUCAAAUUAACACUUUGCCAUAUUGUUGUGAAAAUUUAUUUAUUUACAUGUGAUUAAAAUUUUUGACCAAUACA